AUGGCGCGGCUGGGAGCUUGCUCGCGCCGGAUUCCAGGGCCGAGCCGUAGGGCAGACGCCUUAAUUCCCGCCGGAGAGCUCGCGGGCUGGGCCCUCCUGGCUAUUCUUUCCCAGCUCCAGUUCUCCUUUCACUGCAGGAAACAGAGGAGCCGAGCCAAGUUCAAAGUCACGAAACUUGACUGUGUUAAGAGAGGCACGGAAGGCACCUGGAGCCGGGAGAUGCAGCCCUCCCUCCCGACAGCGGGAAGCCUGCUGCAGCAUCCCCAGGCGCCAAGUUCUGUGGCCUUUAGGCAGCAAAGCAGCCGCGUGGCCGUCGGCGGCGCCAAGCCCUGCUCCAAAACUUUCGGCACCAUGCACGAGCUGGUGAACCACGUCACGGUGGAGCACGUGGGCGGCCCGGAGCAGAGCAGCCACGUCUGCUUCUGGGAGGACUGUCCGCGCGAGGGCAAGCCCUUCAAGGCCAAGUACAAGCUCAUCAACCACAUCCGCGUGCACGUUCUAGUCCCAGUGAAAGUGAUUUCCUGGGUCGGGAAGGCCUACCCCUCUGUGGAACUUGGUGAAAACUCUCAACUCCGUGAGGAUCCUCCUCCUCCCAUUGUACCCCACGUCGUGGCUCUGGUUACAGGGGAAAAGCCUUUCAAAUGUGAAUUUGAUGGCUGUGACAGGAAGUUUGCCAAUAGCAGUGAUCGAAAGAAACACUCCCAUGUCCAUACCAGCGACAAGCCCUACUACUGUAAGAUUCGAGGCUGUGACAAAUCCUAUACUCACCCAAGCUCUCUGAGGAAACACAUGAAGAUUCACUGCAAGUCUCCCCCACCUUCUCCAGGAGCCCUUGGUUACUCAUCAGUGGGGACUCCGGUGGGUGACACUUUGUCCCCUGUGCUGGACCCAACCAGGAGUCGAUCCAGCACUCUGUCCCCUCAGGUGACCAACCUCAGUGAGUGGUACGUUUGCCAGGCCAGUGGGGCCCCCAGUCACCUCCACACACCUUCCAGCAAUGGAACCACCUCUGAGUCUGAAGACGAGGAAAUGUACGGGAACCCUGAAGUUGUGCGGACGAUACAUUAGAAUGAUUAUUAAUAAGUGGUGUAGUAAGUGGGGGUCCUUGGACCAUAUCCUAACCUGAGACAAUGCCGAGCCUGAGACAAACUGGUGACUCAGACUUGCCACCGGGUCUAAUUAGCCCUAUUUAUUCACUAUGAAACCCUAUGGUGUUUGUAUAUUUAAUUAAUUUAAUUAAGAUAUUUGGGUUUGUUUUUUCUCUUUCUCCUAAAAACACAAAAACAAACAAACAAACAAAAAAGAAAACAGGACUGGAGAUGUAGCUCAGUGGUAGAGCCCUUGCCUAGCAUGCAUGAGGCCCUGGGUUCAACCUUUAGCACUGGGGGAAAUAAACUUAUGGCAAACAAAUAAAAAGCAACCAAUCUAGACUUGUCCAUUGCAGUGUGACAGGCCUGGAGGCAGAGUCUAUUGAGGAAAGGUAGUGGAGAAUUUGAGAUAUACACUGCCAAUUGUGUGUGUGUGUGUGUGUGUGUGUGUGUGUGUGUGUGUACCUGUGUAUAUGAGUAUAUUAAAUGGGAGAAAAAAAACAUCAUUAAGUCAGACCUUAACACAUGAACUAGGCCCUCUCCAUGUCCCCGAGUGCCUCUCAGAUGCCUUUGACACCAUAAUGAGGGCUGCUUUUGAGACCUAAUUCUGCAAAGGCCUCUUGAUUGUAAAACACACACUUGCUGCAUUGAUAACAGAUCCUGGACUGUGCCUGUAUCCAAAAGUCUUUGUAUAAAAAACAAAACAAAAAAAAAACUUUAAUUUCUAUUAUUUAUCAUUUCAAUUCCUAUGCUUUUACUACCGAUCUCACCGUAACAUGGUAUUUUUAUACAGGACUAUUCCUUCAGUAUCUUUCCUUGUGUGAUUAGAAAAAAAGAAAGAAAUGAAACAAAACACCAAGCCAAGUGCAGCCAUCCUGAUGUAUCUCCCUAUAUCAUGCUACUGUGAUUGCUCAAGCAGAAACAGAAGAAGAGCUGCUGAGACAGACAACUGGAAACUGUGAUCUUUUGUAAACUAGAAGUAAUUCCAAGUGCUUUCUUUUUCCUCUGCUGGGCUGUCCUUUUGGGUUUUUUUGGUUUUUUUUUUUUUAAUUGGGAAUUUCAGGUGCCACCUCUUGUUGCAUCCUAACUUGUUGGGUAAUGAGGAGUCAAGAGUUAUGUUGUGACCAUGAGUUUUUUUGGGGGUGUCAGCAUGCACCACAGUAGAGGCUGAGGAGUUGUGAUGGUGCAUCCUGCCUAUCUUUUAAAGCUUUUUUUUUUUUUUUUUUAACUAGGCCAACUCUCCUUUUAAUACUACUGUAUCAACCUUUUUUGUUAAAAAAGGUUAUUUUUAAUGCAUUUCUUUUACUUGCUCCAUGAGCACUGAACCCCCCUCCAUUUGAAAAUGACAGUGUGAAGUAUAUGAUUUACAUUACAAGAGGAGGAGUUGCUAUACAUGUUAAAUUUUUUAAAAAGGUUUAUAGUUACCACCAAACACUGAUGAAUGUGUGACCUUUGCCAGAGCUGUCAAGCCAGGAUACAAAGGGUCAAGGACCUAGGACAAUAACUCUUGGUCAGUUUAUAUUCAGUUGGGACAACACAUCUCCCGUGCAAACUGUAGCUCAGCAGAAACAUCACACACAUAUACUAAAGAGCACUAAUUUAUCCUCAGAGAUCUUGAAGACGCCCCUCUCCCCAGGAUUUGUGGAAAUCUUGUUUUGUGUGCUGUGAGUGGUUGAUGUAGUCUUGUCAUUGUUAAUAAGUGUCUGUGAAUAACUUUUAUCUGUACAGUUUUUUUAAUUAAUUUAUUUUUAGAGAGCCUUUUCUGUUUCUGGAAGAGUUCAAAGCACACCAAAGAAAUAUAUUAUACAUUUUGGUGAAAGAUUGUCAUUUAUGAUCCAUGAUUUAUUUAAGAAAAAAAAAAAAGAAAAGGAAAGGGGGAAGAUAUAAAAUAUAUUUUUAAGCUUACUUGAAUGGACAAGGUAAUGUGAACACCCGAAACUCUUCCUGCAUGUCUUUUUGCCUCGUGUUGAUAAGAUUAUAGUUUAUAGCUAAAUUACUAGAACAAUGCAUGGUGCUGUUAUGUGGACACCUUUCAGUAUUGUCUUCAAAUUGUUACAGUAAAUGUGACACAUGCAGACCCUCCUUUAUAAAGAAAGACCCACAACUUGAAUAUAAAAUAAUUCUACAUUUUAAAGGUUUAUUUGAUUUUUUUUCCCCUGUUAUUCACUUUCAAAGUCCUUUCAAACAGAAAAGAUAAGGAAUGAACUUGGGUGGGAUAAAUUAUGUACUGUAAAUUUGUUAGGACAAAAUAUUCCUGAUAUAUGAGUUGUUUUAUUUAUACAGCUUUUUUUCAAUGGUAGUUUGCACUAUUCUUUAUCAUGCUACAGGUUUAUUUAUUAUGGAAACAAAGGAAUAUGUAUUUUAUGUAUUUUUGCCAUGCAUAGGUUAACUGCCACAGAUUUAUUGGUUCCUGAUGCACCGAAAAUAAAACCUUAAAGUGUGUACCUCCAUUAGAAAGAAAGCAAGAACGGUGAUGGAAUGACAAAUGUAAUAAAGGUAUUCUUCCUAUGUAUUGCUACAUCUUACCCAAUGGCAUAUUUGUCAUUCUUUUAAAGCAGAACAGUUGCUAUGGUAGUGAACAUUAGAUUGCACUUCCCUGAUCUCUUAUCAGCUCCUGAAUGGGGGUGGGAGGAGAGUUUGGCUUACUUACAGUUUAAUCUACAGCAGUGGUUCUCAACCUUCCUAAUGAUGAGACCCUUAGAUACAG